AUCCAUGUUGGGCACUUAUUGGCUGCUUUUCUUUCAUAUUUGGUCCACUUUUUUAAAUUAAAUUUUAGAUUUAUAAUGAAAUAAAUUAAUAUGGUGGCACAAAUAUAUUUUUGUCUACAAAACUAAUGUCAAACAUUUAAGCAUACGCCUUCAGAUCUAAAGAUUUUUAAGAUCAUGAGAAACAUUUCAGUCAAGUGUUUCAAAACUUUUGACCCGUAGUGUAUAUAUAUAUAAAUUAUAAUGGAAGUCAAUCAGUAACAAACCAGUAGUGAAUCAAAGUCAAAUCAAAUCCCAGUCUAAUCAACUUCAUCGGAAACUCAAGCUUGAGACGAGGUUUCUUGUUAGCCCGUGAGCUGAGGAAUAACGCUGGAGCUGCUCGAGGUCUCAUCAGUCUCGCUGAACUCCGCUGACGGGCAGAAGACGCUGUUCAAUCUGAGGAUGAAGAAGCCUCUGGGGUGAGGCUGUUGGAAGAGGAGGAGUUGUUCGGUGUGUGUUGGAGAGAGAGUCAGCUGAGAGAUAGAUAGAUCGUGCACGCUUGCAUGGGGAUUUUGUUGGAGAUCCAGGAGCAGGAGUGGUAAUGGUAAAGCAGGCUCGCCAAACUCACUGCGUAUUGAGUUCCCUGUAACCGGGCGGACUCAGGGCACCGACUCUUUCCUCAUCCAUCUGAGGUAAAUGUGAUAUCUGACAGAGGGAAAUUUUAUAACGUGUAUCAUGGCUGUGGCCGGCUGUCCAGAUUAUUUUCUACACCAUCCAAAUUAUCAGCAGGGUAAUGUAGACAAGGCUGCCAAUCACAGACAAGCAGAUCUGAUUGAGCCAAGUUUUCAGCAGUCAACCAAUCGAAACUCACCCAGCCAUCAAGAGGAUGAUGUGGAUCUGGAGGCUCUGGUGAAUGACAUGAACUCUUCCUUUGAGAGUCUGUGCUCCUCCUGCAGUGUGACAGCUGAAUCCACUCCCCUGUUGCACAACGGCCAGCCACACCGGCCCACCUAUCUCACACAAGCUCAGCCCACCUCCCCACACCAGAGACUGCAGCGGUCUCAGCCUAUGCACAUCCUCGCUGUCAGAAGACUUCAGGAAGAGGAGCAACAGUACCGAACAUCCUCUCUACCUGCCAUCCCCAACCCCUUUCCUGAGCUCUGCAGCCCUGCCAGUUCUCCUACGCUCAGCUCCGGCUCUUUACCACAAUGUCAGGCCACAGGCAAAUAUAUUAUAAAAAUAUUCAGCGAGGAUGGGAUGGGAAAGGUGGUGGAGAUCCCUGCCGACAUGACGGCGCGAGACCUGUGCCAGCUCCUCGUCUAUAAAAACCAUUGUGUGGACGAUAACAGUUGGGCGCUUGUAGAGCAUCAUCCAGCCUUGGGACUCGAAAGAUGUUUAGAAGACCAUGAGCUGGUUGUCCAAGUGCAGGCUUCAAUGACCAGUGAGAGCAAAUUUCUCUUCAGGAAGAACUAUGCCAAAUAUGAAUUCUUUAAAAAUCCUUUGAACUUCUUCCCAGAGCAAAUGGUGGCCUGGUGUCAGGAGACCAAUGGGACCAUCCCCCCAUCUCAGCUCCUGCAGAACUUUUUAAACUCCAGCAGUUGUCAUGAGAUCCAGGGAUUUUUGUAUGUGAAGGAGAUGGGCAGGAAAUCAUGGAAGAAACUGUAUGUGUUUUUAAGGCGGUCAGGAUUGUAUUUCUCAACGAAAGGAACAUCAAAGGAGCCCAGGCAUUUACAGCUACUUGCAGACCUGGAGGACAGCAAUGUCUAUACAGUAAUAACAGGCAGAAAGCUGCACAAUGCACCGACUGACUAUGAGUUCUGCAUAAAACCUAACAAAGUGAGGAAUGAAGUGAAAGAACUGAGGAUGUUGUGUGCAGAGGACGAGCAGAGCAGAAUGUGUUGGAUGACAGCCUUCAGACUCUUUAAGUAUGGAAUUCUACUUUAUCAAAAUUACAAGAUUCCUCAGCAGCGAAAAACAUUGCUUUCACACUUCUCAGCACCUAUGAGGAGUGUCUCAGAGAACUCUCUAGUUGCCAUGGAUUUCUCAGGGAGGAUAGGCAGAGUGAUCGACAAUCCCGUUGAGGCUCAGAGUGCUGCUAUGGAGGAGGGGCACGCAUGGAGAAAGCGAAGUCAUCGUAUGAAUAUCCUGGGGAGCCCCAGCCCGCUACACCCCUUAUCAUUAAGUGGAGUCAUCCACAGAACUCAGCUGUGGUUUCAUGGUCGUAUUUCACGGGAGGAAUCCCAUAAGAUGAUCCAUCAGCAGGGCAGAGUGGAUGGAAUGUUUCUCUUGCGGGAUAGCCAGAGCAAUCCCAAGGCGUUUGUACUUACACUGUGUCACCACCAGAAAAUCAAACAUUUCCAGAUUUUACCGUGUGAGGAAGAUGGUCAGAUGUUCUUGAGCCUUGAUGAUGGUGCCACCAAAUUCACAGACCUGAUCCAGUUAGUUGAGUUCUACACGCUGAACAGAGGAGUUCUGCCUUGCAAACUGAAACACCCCUGCACCACUGUGGCCUUAUGACCACCAUUUGCCUGAUUCCACCUAAAAACAAACACUCAGACGCUUUGUGUGCUGUGGUGUAAUGCCGUGCUGCUGGGCUGGUGAAAAGCACACUGCGAACAGAGAGAGAGGAAAUCAAAACAACAAACACAAACAGCAAGAAUCUACUGGAGGAGAUAAAGCUUAUGUGUAAGCUGCAGAAGAACCUCUCAGGCACCUGCACGCUCUUCCGUGGCCAGAGCCGGUUCUCAGGACAGUCAUCCGAAGGGAGUCUUCAGGAUCCACGGUCUUAAUCAUACAAAUGUGUUAGUGGUUUUGGGAAGGCCAGCAGAACACUCUUAAAUCGUACUCUUUGAUUUUAUUUUUGCACUCAUGAACCAGGAUCUACCAAGCUAUGGCAGUUGAUCGCCUCUUUGGAUCUCCUAGAAAGGCCUGUGAGAUGUGGACUGGCGAUCAGUGGAUUCAGUACUGUGAAAAGACAAUGCCGUUAGACUCAUGCUUUCUAUCCUUUCUCACCAGUGAUCAGUUAAAUUAGGAUUUUGGACAGGUUUCUUUUACAAUUGGUUACUUAUGCGUUUGUAAAAUUUGGGGCUAUUUGCUCAUCUUCUUGAGCAUAGAACUCUCAUACUUAAAUAUCUUUUGCUGACUGUUAAAUAAUUGGUAGGGCCUGCAUCCAUUACGAAAUAUAAGCUGCAGUACCCUCUUCUGGUCUUACCAAGAAGUAACAUGUCCUGCCACCCCUUAAUAGGAUAGUUCAACCAAAAACAAAAACUCUGUCAUGUACUCGCUCUCUCUCAUGCCGUUCCAAACCCGUGAAACACUAAAAGAAGAAUUUUUACACCGCAAUUUUUUUGCCAUACAAUGACAGUUUAUAGUGACUACGGCUGUCAAGUUUAAAAAAAAGAAUAAAACAAAACACCAAAAACUUCCAUAAAAGUAUUCUAAAGCCAUACAAUAGCUUUGAUGCAAUCUUCGGGGAAAAGCAAGAUUAUCAGUCAAUAAAUCUCAAGUAAUUUUAUUUAUAAAGCACAUUUUAAAACAGAAGCUGAGUCAAAGAGUCUGGUCAGCUAAAAAAAUAUUAUAAAUAUAAAGGCAUGUAUAAAAAUAUUAAUAACUACUUAAAUGUUAAAAAAUUUAAUUAAAAAAAAUCUGAAGGUUUGGAUUAUAUUGCACAAUUCCUAUAGACUUUUAUUUUCUUUUAUGGUGCAUUUUAUGGUUUUUUCUUCUUUUUUUCUUUUCUUUUUGCCAAUAGCUUGACAGCCCUUGGUUAUAGUAUAUACAUAUAUAUGCUAUAUAUAAUAAUAACAUACGGGUUUGGACCAACAUAAGGGUGACUAAAUGAUUUCAACAUUAUCAGUUUUGGGUGUACUAUCUUUUCAAACAUGGGUACGAGCAGAACAUGGCUUCUCUGCUGACAUCACUACCACAUUUAUCAGGAAUGGUGCCUUGAUUCAGAAGAGGAGUCUAUUAAGUUGAGUGAAAAAUAACCACUAAACCCUCUGCUGGGAGCUCCUCUCUGUCUGCAGUCCAUCUGGAGCUACACCAACAAACUGGAAUCUUUCUCCGUGCUUGGACGAUUGUCUUGAGGACAGAACACUGUGAAGCCUGAGCUACAGAACACCCACAGAACGGUGGGGUUCCAAUUUCUAUUCUGCCUUGUCCAUGGUAGCAGUAGAUACAAACCGAUUUGCAAAGAUAUUUUUUGUACUUGUGACGCAAUGUAAAGUAAGAGCCAUCUUUUUAGUAUGUACCUAUAAUGUAUUAAGCUAGAUUGAGAGGGCAUAGCCACCAUGUCUAAAAGUUCACCCAAAAGACCAUUACAUAGAGAAAUGCAGAUGAAGCAAUCAUUUUUAUGUUUUGUUUUGAAAAAUGUAUUUAUUUAUCUGGAUUUGAAUGAUUACUUGAAAUUUAGUUUCAUUUUUUUUCUCAGCGCUGUUCACUUGCUAAUGUUUUUUCACAUUUAUAUAAACUCUUUGGACCUCAGUUAACUAGGUAACUAGACCCCUUUUCUUGAACCGUCUAACAAAGAAUCAUUUUCUUAAUCUGUAGUUUUGUCUUGUUUUCCAGUAAAAAUAUCUAAACAUCUUUAAAACAAGUCAAAUUUACUUAAUUUUUCUUACCCCAUUGACAUAUAGGUUUUUCUUUUCUUGUUUUAAACAUAAAUAUGAAAAAAUGUAGUGUGGUUUAUGCUUAGAAGACAAAAAAUAUAUAUAUAAACUUGACCCUCAGAGACUCAGGGUAGCUUCCAGACGUGGCACAGGGGAAGGUAAACACACUGGAGCCGAUGCAAAAAUGUCUGAUAGGAGAUGGCUCUUGUCAGUGAGUAGGCAUGAUGUGGCCGAUCCUAGGGCACCGAAACAAUCGGAAACAACAUGCCAACUCCCGGUGUGAUUAUAUUGGAAAAAUCAAGAUUUUCCUGUAGACUGCCAUUGUUCUCUGAAGUCACACAAAAUGUAUCCCAAAAUAAAAUAAGCUUAAAAUUCAUGAUUUUUAUAAUCAGUGGCUUUGUAAAAACAUGUUCAAGGAGGCUUCUCAAGUAAAUGUAUCUUGUUUUGUGCAGAUAUUGGUGUAUUUUUGAAUGAGAUAUUUUACUGGAAAACAAUUUUAGUUCAAAGUUUAUGUUCAAAAGUGGGGUGCAGGGUAACGUCAAGAAAAAGACGUUUUUUAGUUGCUAUAAUACUUUACCAACAUCUUCCUGAACUCUGAUAAUCUUAUCUUGUUUUAAUUCCCAGCAAGUUAAAAAAAAAAAAGCUACUAAAAAAAAAAAAAAAAAGAGUAGUUUAGUUAAGGAUAUGACAUCAUUCUCUCUUAAUACUUCCUCUUUGAAUGAUUUAGCCACAGAAAGAGACUGCAGGGCUUAAAUCAGCACUAUUAUCAUUCACUUGAAAAUUUCUGAAUAUUUUGCUCAGUGGUCCGUGUUAAGUGCUCAGUUAAUUCAAGCCUUUUUUGAGAUUAAGUGUGUGUGAAUGUUGAUUUAACUGCAGUUAACUGUGUACUCUGCUUCGGGUGGGUCUUAACUUCAGCAAAUUAACACAGACAUACACAAGCUCUCUUUUAUCUUUAUUUUUCAGGGUUUGAUAAGUUAAGCUAUACAAUCAGCCAGCCAAGAACUAUACAUUUCAGUUAUUAUGCUAUUGAUUAGUAUAUUCUGCAACCAGUUUUCAUAUACUGUAAGUCUAGUGUGACGAUAUAUCAGAAACUUGGAUGUAUUUAUUUGAGAGAUAGAAGGUUUUGUGAAAAGAUUAUGAUAAUGGGUUUUGCCAGAUAGGAAGUUAUAGGUUACCUAAAGUUUACUUUGUUACUGGUGAAUCAUUUGUGAGAAAAUUCACCUUAUAGGUAGUUUGAGUCCAUCUAGCUCUUAAUCAGCCUGUAAAUUAGUCCGUUUUUCAGUUUACAGUGAUUGUGAGCAUGUUGGGUAUGAUGUCUUUUCACAUUUCCAAUCUCUCUGGACGUCAUUUCUAAAUGAACAGUAAUGCAUUGCAAUCACAGGUCCUUUGUUUCGUCUUUCGUCUUUUCAUCUUUUUAUCUUUUACUAUACCAUGUAACAUGCAGCUCAACAGGACACAGCUUACGCUCAAUUCAUAUACAGUUUUCUUACUCUGUGGAUAUCACACUGAAUUUUUGGAUGCAGAUUUAUUUUCCACAAUGGCAUAUAAAAUGAAGAAACUUGACUUCUUUUAGUGCAUUUUUGUUUGGUUACAUGUGUAAAUACUGAAUCUAUUCCAUUUUAUGUUGCUUUGUCAUGCUAAUUGAAAGAAUACACUAUGUUGUGUUUCGAUCAAGCUGACAAAAAACUGGACUCAUCUGAAGGUCAUCAUUAAGCUAAAUUGCUGUUUUAAAAUCACAAAUACAAUUAUUUUUGAAAAUGCUAACAAAUGUAUGCCUUGUAGAUACUGUAGCAUAUGUUGCUUUAAUAUGAAUCAAAGAUGGAAUCUUUUGGCAUUUUCCCACCAUUGUCGAAAGAAGCUGGUUGCAUCAUAUGCGAAAUGUGUGAACUGAGAGUUUAUCGGUGAAAGAAAGAAAUGUCAUUUUUAUAUUUAAAGGAAAUGAAUGUAACUGGGUUGCUCAGGGUUGAUGUGGAGGCUGUUUAAAACUGGUCCUGUGGACCAGGAGGACUUCUCCUGUAUUUUGUCUUUUUAUUAAACUAACGGUGUACUUCUUUU